UUUGGUCUAGGCGGCAGAAGUGGGAUGACGAAGGGAACGUCCUCGUUUGGAAAGCGUCGGAAUAAGACGCACACGUUGUGCCGCCGCUGUGGCUCUAAGGCCUACCACCUUCAGAAGUCGACCUGUGGUAAAUGUGGCUACCCUGCCAAGCGGAAGAGGAAGUAUAACUGGAGUGCUAAAGCUAAAAGACGAAAUACCACCGGGACUGGUCGAAUGAGGCACCUAAAAAUUGUAUACCGCAGAUUCAGGCAUGGAUUCCGUGAAGGAACAACACCUAAACCCAAGAGGGCAGCUGUUGCAGCAUCGAGUUCAUCUUAAGGAUUUCAAUUAUUAGUCAUGCAAUAAAUGUUCUGGUUU